CACUAGCAUCAACCGCGCAAUCGUGAUCAUGUUUACCGCUUGGCAAUUUAGUUGAAGUCUUAUUUAACUUUGUAGUUUUAUAAUAAUUAAAAAGAAACAAUGCAGUCAAAUGCAAUAGUCAGUUGUUUAUUGCUCCUGUUUCACAAUGUGUGCUGUUACCAGGAUAACUGGGUCGAGCCACAUGCGUGGGCGGAACUGACAACAACGCAAUUCAAUACUCCAGGUGAAGAUGCCUGCCAAUGCCAGGCUUUGCCACCUGAAGGGAAAUCACUGGCCACAAUUGAGGAUCAGUUAGCGCUAAUGUAUUUUAAAAAGUUCGUUAACACUCUAUUUAAUCGAAAAAAGCUAAUGCAUGGCAAAACGUCAAAUGUUUUUAAGCGAUCGGUUCUGUUUACAUUACAAGCGUCACAAGUUGUUGAACUUGAGACGGUCGAAGAUGUGCGUGAUCUUGAUAUUUUACUUAACAAAAUACUAGAUGAAGCAAACGACGUUCCUUUGUCGUCGGAUCAAGUUGAUGACGACUAUUCCUAUACGCACAAGGAAAUGGGAGUGUUUGCGCUUAUUAUGGAUAUUUUCAAGGACCUUCAAAAGCUACUUCAAAUAUCCGAAGUGCGUUUCAUGUUAACUGUUCUGCUGAUCAUCGCUACCGGGUGGAUUGUGCAUAAACGAUUCAGAUAUUCUGCAAUAGCCAUAGUUAUAGGCGGAAUUUUCCUGUAUGGCUACUUCGUUACCUAUUUAGAGUGCAAUAGGAAACUAGAAGUUGAUGCUGUCAUUGAAGUAAUUGAUAGUCAUCAAGAGUCCACGGAUAAUGAAAAUACAAACUGGUUUUCAGGCAUAUAUGGCUCUUUAUUUAAAGAGUCUAAAGAAAAACAACAGAGGGAAAAAAUUUUAAAAUCUAGCAAAUUACGUAUGCCUUACUGCCGACCAGAUCAUGUGUUCAUUAUGUAUGCGAGUGAAAUAUUUCUUAAACAAAUUGAAAUGAUCUUAGAAAAAACCACUCAAACUAUUUCGAGCUUAAAUUCGGAAUUAUCAUUUCCAUUCAACUUAAUAGCUCCUUUCGGACUUAUAGCUUUGAUUGGGUACAUAAUUAAAUUAAUAUUCAAGUACGUUAUAAGUCCAAAGAUGUGGAUCGGAGUUUUUCAUGGGAAAUCUGGGAAAACCUCUUCACAACCCCACGUCACUGCAAACGAAAUGGUUGAAGAUCGUAUAUCGGGCGAAAACCUUAAAAUGUUAUUAAAUGUCAUAGGUACGACAAAUAUAGUACAAGCCCAACAAGCCUAACUAAACCUAGGGAAACUAACCGGAAAACCUAAAGCACGCAGGAUAAUGCUAAUCGUACAUAAGAUUCAACGAAGUCUGUCAUUAGAAUUAUACAUAUAUAAUAAAUACCUAUGUAUGCAUUGGUUUGCGGUGGCGAACUGAGAAAAUUUAUCUAAUUGAUUUCUGAAAUCUUAUACGCAAAUUGGUCCGCUAUCAAAAUCUUGUUUAAUAAUUUCACUAGACAAAUUCAACAAUAUUUAGUAAAUAAGUAUGUACUAUGUUAUAUAUUUUUUUUUUUUUUUUUUUUUUUUUUUUUUUUUGUAUAUAUGCUUGUGUCUAUGAUUGGCUUUUCGAAUAACUCGUCAUCCACUAUGCAUCUAAAUCAUAUCUAAACAUCGAGCAAGUGGCAUUGUGCAUAAGAAAUGAGCUAAGUCAUAAUUAAUAUAAUUACUUCGUCCUUCCUACCCCAUCCUCCCCUCUCUAUCAUAUUUGCCCCUAAUUUGGCAUGACAGCAAUUAAAAUGAAUUACUUUUAAUUAGCUGAAUAGGUUAUAUGUAAUAUAAAUUGGAAAAAACUAAUUAAUGCCUUCCCCUCUCGUAAUAUCAAUCAACAGUAAAACGACGCGAAACUAUCAUAUUCAACCAUCAACCUGCUAAUAGACUUUAAAUCCUAAGCCAACCCAACUAUUAUAAUAAUUAAGCAAAUACCACAAUUUGUAAACUGUGCUCGUUUUUA